AACAGCCAGGGGCUGAAGCAAAUCUCAGCCCACAUCCUGGCAGGCAGCCAGGGAUGGGUGGAUCAGGAAGGCUCCUGGUUGGGCCUUUGCAUCAGGCUCAGGCUGGGCAUAAAGGAGGCUCCUGUGGACUGGAGGGAGGCAGACAUGGGGACCAUGAAGACCCAGAGGGAUGGCCCCUCCCUGGGGCAGUGGUCACUGCUGCUGCUGCUGGGCCUGACCAUGCCUCUGGCCGUCAUUGCCCGGGUCCUCAGCUACCAGGAGGCUGUGCUUCGUGCUGUAGAUGGCCUCAACCAGCGGUCCUCGGAUGCCAACCUCUAUCGCCUCCUGAACCUGGACCCGAGGCCCACAGUGGAUGGGGAUCCAGACACCCCGAAGCCUGUGAGCUUCACAGUGAAGGAGACAGUGUGCCCCAGGACAAUACAGCGGUCACCGGAGGAGUGUGACUUCAAGAUGGACGGGCUGGUGAAGUGGUGUGUGGGGACAGUGACCCUGAACCAGGCAGAGGACUCCUUUGACAUCAGUUGUGAUAAGGAUAAGAGGACAGUUGCCCGGCUGGGCAGUAUCCUCCAGAAAGCCGGAGAGAAGAUUGGCGGAGGACUUAAAAAAAUUGGCCAGAAAAUCAAGGAUUUUUUUGGGAAGCUUGCACCCAGAACAGAGGCCUAGCGUGUGCCCUCUCCUGGCUCAGGCUUCUGGGCUCUGAGAAAUAAACUGUGAGAGCAAUUUC